GGAGGGGGAGUACAUACCCGGCAUGCUCAUAGCUGGGUCCAAAUGCGGAAGUGAAGUAGCCCACAAUAUCUACACGGGUACAUCUCUCCCGGAAGCCCAACGUCAACGUCUCCUUCCACGGCAACCGCGACUCAAACCGUUCCGAAUGGGCGCUCGAGUAGCCGAACAGAGCGCCAACCCGCUUCUCCACUUUGAACUUCUCCGCGGCCGGCAGCUUAAAAAAGGCCACGGAGCAAUCACGCGCCUCGCGAAUGAGCUCAAGGUCAACGCCGUGGUUGACCACCUGGAACAGCCCGUGGCUCCCACAGGCUGCCCGGACGAGCUCAUAGGCGGUCUCUGCCUGAUCGCCCCCGGCGUUGAAGCUCCCGAGGUCGAUUACGGGCUCAUUAAGCUCUUCGCGGGCGGGCGCCAUGUCUUCUUCCGGCCAGAAGAAGUUUUUGGGGAUCUUAAGGAGAAAACCUUCGAAAGAACAAUGGUGCAAACUCAAAGUAAAGCUAAUCAACCCACCGAAAACCCUCCUCAGGGAGAGAUUAGCGCCACCAGAGGUUGUCACCUCCCUAUCAGCGUAACGGAGGCUAAAGCCCUCAUCCAACGGAUCGGGAUCACGACUGAUCAGUUUAAGGAGGUGGUGGCGGCCCUAACCCAAAAUCAACAGGUUGUGGUGGAUGACGUCACAGGGGCGCAUGUCGGGGGGAAGGUCAGACCUGCAUCAUCUGAAGGGAGAAAGAAGAAGAAGACAAGGCGUUCUCAAAAGAAGAAGGCGACUAAGCCUAAUGGGAAGGAGAUGUUGGCUAGAGCGAAGUACCUAGCGUCGGAAGAGGAAGAUGAUGAAGCACCUGCUCAUAAGGAGAAGAAGAUUGUCCAGCCGGCAAGCGAGGGAAGGGGACCAAACCUUACAGGCUACCAGGCGAGCAGACUGCCAAUCCACUCGGUCCAAUCUUUACGAGCCCCUCCCCGUAGUCGGGAAAGCUAUAGGGUCCAGGACGCUCCUAAAUUUUACGAGUACCAUCGUAACAACACCCAUAAAACGUCGGAGUGCGUUACGCUGAAGAAGGAGAUGGACCAAUUGAUCGCUAGAGGGCCACCACCUCGGGCGGAGAGGCAAGCACCUGGGAACACCGGAGGAGACUUGGAAUCUUCCGAGAAAAAGUGGAGGAACAUGGUGCAUUUUGCCGAGAUACAAAGGCCACCCCUGCCCAAGAGGAAGAAGAGGGAACCAAUGGUCUUCACUGACAAAGACUAUCUUCCGGUGCCUAGCCCCCGUCGAGAUGCAUUAGUGGAGCAGAAGGGACAGUUGGUGAGCGUCUUGCGAUCAUUCAAGAAGCUUUUUGUGUGGGGUCCAGAAGACAUGCCCUGUGUCGACCCAAGGAUCGUCUACCACAGACUGACGAUGGACCCGACACAUAAGCCGGUCAAGCAGAAGAAGUGUUUCCUUUUUUCAGAAAGGAUGGAUUUCAUGACAAAGGAGGUCAGUACCCUGCAAUCCAUUAGGCAUAUCCGGGAGCGGAUGAAGAAGUACAAGGACACCGCACUGGACUUGCUCAAUGCCUUCGGAGCAUACCUAGUGGAGCAAGUUCCCCGAGAAGAAAAUACUGAGGCGGAUAUCCUCUCUAAACUCGGCCCGAAUUCCCUAGAGCAUAUCAGGGCAAGGACGCAGGAAGAAGAGUUAUCAGAGCCAAACAUCAGCCCCGGACAAGUCUUGGUCAUAAUAGCUAAGGAGCCGGAUUGGAUUGAUGAACUUACCGCAUAUAUACUAGAAGGAUCAGCACUGGUGGAUUCGGUCGCGGCAAAGGUCGUUAAGCGAUGCGCACCUAGCUACGCGCUAGAGUGCAGAAGGCUGUACAAACGAUCAUACAAUGGGACACUACUGAGAUGCCUAAGGAGUGAGGAAGCGCAUAAGGUUAUGGAAGCAAUCCAUGAAGGGAUAUGCUCAGCACACAAAGGAGAUUUUACGAUGUCUAGAAAUGUUACAUUGCAGGGGUACUUCUGGACAACAAUCAUUAGAGAUUGCGCAAAAUAUGUUCGCAUAUAUAAAGUGUGUCAGGAUCGAAGUAAGGGCCCCGGCUAAAACCUCGUUGCUAAGCUAUCGGGUGGAGGUGUUUGAUGCAGAAGAGAAUGAGAAGAACUUGACAGCCGAACUCCAUUUUUUUAGAGGAACAAAGAGAAAAGGCUUAUAUCCGGGCCGAAAAUAUAUUGUCGUCAAGUCAAGUCAUACCAUGAUCAGAGGGUGCGACCUAGGAUAUUAAAAAGGGUGAUUGGGU